CAAAUGUUACAUCAUUCAUGGAAUGAAACAUUUGGAACCAAUUAAAACCAGUGAAUCAUUUCCACUUUUUACAUUUAUGUUCUGUAGUUUCCAGAAUAAUUUAAAAAAUUCUGGAAAAAAUAUUUAUGUGUCAAGAAUUUCGAUCGUUGCUGUUGGUAAUAUUCAAUGACGUAUGUCAUAUGACAGUAUGUCACACUUCAAUAUCUAAAAAAAAACAAAACAUUUUGUUUAUUGUUCUUGUAUGGUUCUUGUCUGUAAAUGCAAACCAUUAAAUAAUAGUAAUUAAUUCAUUUAUUAUUUAUAAUAAUAAAUAAAAUUUAUUGUAAUCAAAUGGAAGUUAAACAAGAAAUUGACGAGGAAACGUGUAAAGUGGAAAUAGUUGAUAAUGACCUAGAUGAUGCUCUUUUGGAUGGCUUUAAAUGUGAAAUUCAGGAUGAAUCCAAUGGGAAUCGGCAAAGUACCCAGGACACGUAUGAUUCUUUGGACUUAAAAAAAUGUCCUAUGAAAACUGAAAUUGAACAACAUGGAAAUCCAUUUGAAGAAAACCAAGAAACUGAAAAAGAUUGUCUGCAAGAGGACAAGAUGGAAAUUAUCGAGACACUAACUGAACAUUCAUCUCGCGAAGAAAAUUAUAUGGAGCCAUAUGCCGAAGGAAAAACAUUAAAUAAAAGUAUGAAAGUAGUCACUGAAAAAAAACCUUACAAGUGUGAAAUUUGUAUUAAGCAAUUUAAUCAAGCAAGUACUUUAAAAAGACAUGUGAGAGUGCAUACUGGACAAAAACCUCACAAGUGUGAAAUUUGUUUUAAACAAUUUAGUGAAGCAGGUAGUUUAAAAGUACAUUUGAGAGUGCACACUGGAGAAAAACCUCACAAGUGUGAAAUUUGUUUUAAGCAGUUUAGUGGAGCAGGUAAUUUGAAAGUACAUUCGAGAGUGCACACUGGAGAAAAACCUCACAAGUGUGAAAUUUGUUUUAAGCAAUUUAUUGAAGUAGCCAAGUUAAAAAGACAUCUGAUAGUGCAUACUGGAGAAACACCUCACAAAUGUGAAAUUUGUUUUAAGCACUUUAGUGAAGCAUGUACUUUAAAAGUACAUUUGAGAGUGCAUACUGGAGAAAAACCUCACAAGUGUCAAAUUUGUUUUAAACAAUUUAGUGAAGCAGGUAAUUUGAAAGUACAUUUGAGAAUGCAUACUGGAGAAAAACCUUAUAAGUGUAAAAUUUGUUUUAAGCAGUUUGUCACAACAGGUGCUUUAAAAGUACAUUUAAGAAUACACACUGGAGAAAUGCCAUACAAGUGUGAAAUUUGUUUUAAGCAGUUUGUCACAGCAGUUGCUUUAAAAGUACAUUUAAGAAUACACACUGGAGAAAUGCCAUACAAGUGUGAAAUUUGUUUUAAGCAGUUUAAUCAAUCAAAUAAUUUGAAUGCACAUUUGAGAGUACACACUGGAGAAAAACCUUAUCCGUGUGAGAUUUGUUUAAAACAGUUUGCUCAAAAAGCUCAAUUAACUGGUCACAUGAAAGUUCACACUAGCGAAAAACCCCACAAAUGUGAAAUUUGCUUUAAGAAAUUUAGUUGUAGGUAUUAUUUGAAAACUCACACUAAAUUACAUAGUGGAGAAAAUAAGACUAUGAAACUGGUUUUAAGCAGUAUAUUAAUGCCAGUAGUUUGAAUAAACAUUUGAAAACACACGUUGCAGGAAAACCUUAAGUGUGAAAUUUAUUUUAAGCAGUUUAUUACAGAAGAUGCUUUGAAAGUGCGCACUGGAGAAAACCUCACAAGUGUAAAAUUUGUUUUAAACAGUUUAAUAGAUCAGGUGAUUUAAAAAUACAUUUGAGAGUGUACACUGGAGAAACACAUUAGGUACCUUUACACUUACAUUCUUUCGCGGGCGUUUUAAACGGCCCAUUCCAUUCGCGCGAGCAACGGCGUAACCAGGAUGGCCCUAAGAGGGGGUUACAACUACUGGAAGGUCUCUAGCGGGUAUGGUGUUAAGCGUAUAGAGCUCAAAGUACAUCCCAAUGGGGGGGUUAUAACCCCCAAAACCCACCUGGUUACGCCUAUGCGCGCGAGAAAGCCUGUCAGUGUAAAUACCCUCGCGAUCCACGUUCUCGCCAUGUAAUCGUUUUGGCGCGCUACUUUGCAGUGAAAGCACGUGUUCCAAGAGUGUCAAUCACUUUACACUUCCACUCUAAACGUUUGGUGUAGUCAUGGGGGAUUCACGGUACUGGUCAAACGGCUUCAUAAGUGAAUUCUUGGAAAUGUACAAAUCAUUUCCUUGUUUAUGGAAAGUCCAAUCUAAAGAAUAUUGCUAAGAAUAAAGAUCUAAAAGCAUUGGCAUACGAAGAACUAAUUAAACUUUGCAAAAGCGUUUAUCCAGAGGCCAACAAAGAUUAUAUGGCCAAAAAGAUCCAAAGUUUUCGUGGGUCAUUCAGAAAAGAUAUGCGCUGUAGCACACAAAGCAAAGUAAUUGUUUUUCUUUUUUAUUUUGAACAUUGUGGGGAAUCUCACUAAAACUGCUAAACCUUCUACCACGCCACUCGAAUCACGAAGGAUAAGUUGACAGAUUUACAUUUGCACUUGCGUUUUUAUCCCUCGCGUUUAAAACGGCGUGCAAUCCUCUAGGACUGGAGCGUCCUCGCUAUUAUCGACACACGCUUGGAACGGCGCAAUCUUUCUGCUGCUUAAUUACGCGCGAUUGGAAUGAGCCAUUCAAUCACUUGAAUGAAUCACUUGAAUCACAUUCAAAGGAUGUAAGUGUAAAGGUAUGGUUUGUUCAACAGUAAUUGGUUUGAGUUCAAUUAGUGCGGUCGUAAAUAUUAUUAAAUUUAUCUGACCUGGCCCAUUGUUAAGACCCACCCGGAGUGAUUAGCCACCGAGGUAGACAGAGUUGGUCUUUUGCAAUUAACACUGACUAGACGGUACUCCCAUAAUAAAGCCUAAAAUAAAUUUUACCUGAAACCGGGCCUUUUAUACUAUUAUCGGUUAAUCCGGGCUGUUUAUAGUGGUAACUAAUUGAACUUAACCAUUUACUGUUUAACAUACCAUACCUAUUAUUAGUGUAGUGAGAUUUGCUUAAAACAGUUUGCUCUGAGAGUUCAGUUAACUGAUCACAUACAAGUUCAAACCGGAGAAAAAUCUUGCAAGCGUGAAAUUUGUUUCAAGCACUUUUCUCAAAAAUGAAUUAAGCACUUUUUAAAGAAUCAUUUGAGAAUACACGCUAGAGAAAAACUUUACUAAUGUAAAAAUGUUUGAAGCAGUUUGGUGAACCACGUAAUUUGAAAACACAAUUUGAGAGUUCACAGUACAGAAAAGCCAAAAAAGAAAUGAUCCCUAAGUGUGAAAGUUGUAUUAAGGCCGGCGCCCACUUAUUCGGAACAGCCCGCUACGGAACGGGCCACGACGAUCGGAAUUUUAAUAUUUUCGUGUAUUCAAAUGACUCAGAGCCUACUUUACGGAAUCGUAGCACAUCGAUAUCUCGGAAGAGAAUUCUUUUGCCAUUCGCCGUAGUGCAGUGUAGCGAUUCAAUACUCAGUGUAUAGUUAGCGCUUCCUCAACGGAGGAACAAACCGAAAAAUAUGGACGUGGGUGGUCCAAGGUUGUCUUUAUUUUAAUACUAGCUGACCCGGCAGACUUCGUACUGCCUCAAUAGAUAAAAACAAACUUUUGUAUACAAUAAACUUAAAAUGAACAAAAGGAAUUCGUAAUUAAUAAACAAAAAUGCUCGAUGUGAA